UGUUCAAAGGAACCGAUUCAGUGUGUCGUGUCGUCUCAGUGAUAUCUGGCAACCCGGGCGGUGUCGCGUCGUGGGAGACGCACUGUGCUGUGUUGGUUAUCUCACCGUCAACCAUUGAGUGUAAUAAUGCCUUGUAGAUGGAGGCACAUACACAUCUUCCAUAUUCUCCCAUCGACACACUCACCACCAGCCACAAGGAUGGAGAUAAUCUGAUUUCGGAGCUGACCCCUGAUUUCCAGCCCCGGCUCUACGGCUCGCCUGGCUGUGAGACAUGGAGCGUGUGCUUCUCUCCGGACGGUACACGGUUCGCCUGGUCCGCUGGUUAUGGACUAGUAAAGGUUCUGCCGUGGCCACUGCCGUCCAACCUUCAUGCUCCAAACUCUAACACUGAAGAAAGAAUGCUGGACUGUGGAGACAUCGUGUGGGGCAUGGCGUUCGGGCCACGCAUCUCAAACCGGGAAAAAUUGAAAAAACUGCCUGUAAAAGGCCAAGAACUGCUGCUAGCAACAGGCCUCACUAACGGGACAAUCAAGGUGUGGGUCGUCUCCACCGGAGAAUUACUGUUCAGUCUGACAGGCCACCGGUCAGUCGUAAGAGAUUUGGUCUUCACUCCAAACGGGAGCCUCACUCUUGUGUCAGCUUCCAGGGAUAAAACUUUAAGAGUAUGGGACUUGGCAGAGAAAGGUCAACCAUCCCGUGUGCUCACAGGUCCAAACUUCUGGUUGUUCAAAUGUUCUGUGUCUCCAGAUAGCAGUCUGAUCGCUUCAGUCUGUAACCUCGACACAAAAGUUUAUCUUUGGAGUCUUCGAUCCUUCACUUUUGUCAGGAACCUGAAAUACAAACACCAACGCUCCAUGGUGUCCUGCGACUUCUCUGCCGACGGAGCGCUGCUUGCGGUUGGGUCUUAUCAAGCUCUGACAGGAUGGUGGCUGGACCUUUGGGAUCCCUACACCGCAGAUCACCUGAUUAAAGUGGAGGACUGCGAUCGGUGUGAGCCCAGAAAUGAAAAUCUGCUGAUGGCUUUGACUUUUUCUCCUACGUUCCCUCAUCUGGCUUUUAAAGAUUACAUGGCGUUACGUAUCUGGGACAUGGAACAAGACAAACUGGUCUUGGUGUCAGAUCAUAACCGAGUUAGCGGCCUGUGCUGCGCCUUCCAUCCACGAGGCAGCGUGAUCGCUACGGGGUGUCGAGAAGGACAUGUAAAGUUUUGGAGAGUUCCUUGUCUGGUUUCCAGCCUGCGCCAUUUGUGCCGCACCACACUCAGGUUCUCGGUGUCCACCUUCCAGGUGCAGGCUUUACCGAUCCCCAAGAAGAUCCUGGACUUCCUGACGUACAGAGACAUUCCUAAGAAAAGAAUUCUAUGCUGCAGUGAACAUAACAGAUGAUGAUAAAGAGCUUUUGGGUCAUGGCUGCUACACAAGGUUGCUACACGAGGCUGCUACAUGAGGAAAUGUAUAUAUACCUAUGAAGAAAAGGACACUGAUUCUGAAGUACAAAUUUAUUUAUUUAACCUUUCUGUUGUGUUAGGUUUGGCACUGACCCCGUUUUUAGGAUUUAAGUGUAUAAAAUCCCCACAUGAAUUUG